AAUUAACAGAUAUCAUCUGUUAGCUCUUUAUAGCUUCUGUUAUGCAUGACUUUCCAUGUUUAACUGAUCAACAUGUUUGCACAGAAUCUGUGCGCUCCGUCAGAGGAGCUGUGACAGGAACGAUCAGUUCGAAUCAAAGUAAAUCCUAGGUUCAUACAAACUCUGGAACUGGAAUGCCAUCAUCAUUGGGGGAAAGUCUAGAUGAUAAACCCAAAAUCAACAUGAACAGUGACAUUUCUUUGGAAGCUACUUUAGGAUCAUCCAAGCAAGGCCUACUUCCUAUUGAAAAUAGUACAAAUAAUGGUUGGCAGAAGCAGCAAUGCGAUUCCAUAGUCCAAAAUCUUAAGAAAGAGAUGUCAUCAACUGUAUCUAAGGGGAAAACAUUUUGUUCUUCAAUUUCCCUUCCUGAAGAUAGGAUUUUUUCAUCUGAUUGUAUGGGCCUUCGUCAAGACCCUACUGAUUCUCAUUCUGUUAUUGGGUUAUCUAGACGCUGCUUAAGCAGGACUGUGAGAGAAGAUGAAAUUUGCAGUUUUUCUGGAGAUGUGAAAGAUGGUGGCCUAUAUGAUGGUUUCAGUGAGACACAAACGGAGUCUCAGAUUGUGGGUUAUGAAGAAGAUUUAUUCGGACGGCAAAUGCUUAUAGACCGAGCUCGCACCCUAAGUAGCAUGGCCUGAAGUACUGGACGUCCACCCUUGACAUGCAACCAAAUGAAGUUUGAUGGUAAACUCAGGUCUGUUCUCAGUCUCAGCCUUAAUGCAUCAAUCAUAUUUUUAACCUUGUCCAUGUACAUGCUCUGAACCUUAUCAAUCAAGUUUUCAGAGAUAAUGCAAAGGAAAUUGUAAUAAUUGUACAUGCAUGUAUUUUGAGUCUGUAAAUCAUUUAUUGAUCUGAGGAAAAAUAAUGUGCUAAUUUUGUCUAUUCUAAUCGGUUAUUCUUGUGAAUUAUUUUGAACUA